AUGUCAGCGUUGGAGUGGGAUUCAAGUGCAGUCAAGUCCCACCUACGCCUCACAUGCCAGCGUCUAGCCCAGUUGCAAUCUAAAUUGGACGCGGACGGCAGCAUAACUCGGAAAGACAUCGCGACGUUACUGCAGCAAGGAAAUGUCUUAUUAGCUCGGGCAAAGGCGCAAAAGCUUUUACAAGAAGAUGCUCAAGGAGACUUGAUGGAAAUUUUGGAGAAUGAGAUAGGAACGCUCAUAACGCAUCUGGCAGAAUUGGAAGCCAACUUGACUCCAUCUCCUGUCCUUGUCGAGGCUCUGUCAAGUGUGAUAUAUUCCGCCCCACUAGUUCCUUGCAAAGAAUUGCACAUCCUCAGAAAUCUCCUUGUCCAGCGUGUUGGGCCGGAUUUCGCUCUUUCUGCGAUGAAAAACAAUGACCGACAUGUCUCCCCUCGCAUCAUUAGAAUCACCUCCACCCCGGUCCCUACAGCCUCGAAACUAGAUCGAUACCUCGCCCAUAUCUCAAGAACCUAUGGGGGAAAUUGGACGCCAGACCCUCAGCGUCACAAUGUUGUCAAUAUCUUGUCCGAAAUCCUCAACCCGGAACCGUCGAAGGAGGUGGAUAUGACUUCACUCCGCCGAUUUUGCUUCUACGGUAUUCCUGAUGUCCCAUCCUGGCUUCGACCGCGCAUCUGGAAACUCUUCCUUGGCGUCCUCCCCGGUGAACAAGACGCAUGGGGGAAGGAAAUUGCGAAACAGCGAGCGUGCUACUAUGAUCUUGUUCGACGUCUCUUGGAACCAUACACCACCUUGCCUCCUCCAACCACACCACCUCAUGCCAGCGAUGAAAUCCUACUCAAUGUCGUUCACCAUCUUUCUCGAAUACCGCGAGAGAUGUUCUCACAUCUCGAAGAUGCCCCAGAGGAGUCCAAUCUGUGUCCACUGUCUGAGAAGUCCGACGACAGCAUCAAGAUCCCGCAAGCAACUGCGCUCGAUGACCGAUAUCGAAUCUUGAAGGAGAAGGAUCAUGGAGCUCGUCCAGAAAGCGAAACAGACGCAGACGCGAUGCCAGCCAUUUCAAUCUCCAACUACGACUCGGUGGCCGAGGAGAACGACGAGACUGCAUCACAGGUUUCCAAAGCUCGCCCGCCGUAUUCCUUUGGGCAUGCCCAUCCAACUCAUGGGUCUGCCAUCUUACGACUGCUAUUCAUCCAUGCUUCCAUCAAUCCCGGCCAACUGUCACAACAUAUACCGGCCGUGUUGAUCCCUCUCUACACUGCCUUGCAAGCGGAAGUCGAGCCAGAGGACUUGGCGCAUGUGGAAGCCGACACGUUCUGGUUAUUCGAGGCGAUCGUGGCUGAAUUUUCGGAAUUGGAUGAUGGAGAAGGCAGCCACAGGUGGAUGGCUCAACUGGACCAGACAUUGGCUUGGGCAGAUCCUGAGUUACACCAGAGUUUGGCAGCCAAAGGCCUCCAACCGUCCUUGCCUCAUUAUUCAUAUCGCUGGUUGGCCCCAGUCCUGACCUACACAAUCCCUGUUCCAGCUAUUUUCGUUUUCUGGGACGCCCUAUUCGCGCGUUUACCUAGGGAGCGCGAUACGGCACCUCGAUUAGACUUCUUGAUCGAUCUUGCCUGCUCUAUGCUUCUGGCUGUGCGAAGGGAGUUACUAAGUCUCGGUCGUGCUCCAAAUACAAACCGACUGUGGGUGGAGCAGGAACAGGAUUCGGAGACAAAGUCGAAGACGAUCAACGAGAGUGAUCCCUUUCUCGAAGGAAUAUCCCUGCUACAAACCUACCCUCGGACCUUCGUCGAUGACGCAGAGCGAAUUAUCCAAACAGCCAACGACCUCGUGAAACGGCGCGAAAUGGAAGCUAACAGGAACCAGCCCCUGUCCAGCCAGUCGGAACCCAGUUUGGGUGUCAGGUUGCGGAAUACCGUGUGGAAAGGGAUCACCAACCAAAUUGAUCCAGACCCAGAUGACAUUUCUUCGAGUUCCAGCGAUUCCGACCAGGAGAAACAGCAAGAGGACGGGAACGAGACGGAGAGAGAGUCUGCUACAAGUUCCUGGUGGUCCAGUAUUGCAGGAAGCAACCUAUCUGGGACUCGCCUGACCAUCUCUCAUGCGGACACCCUGCAGCCUCCAGAAGAUGAAUCUGGCUAUUCGUCUUCCGCGAGCAAAACGUCUACUGGUAGUAUCUGGAACUAUGCAGAAAAACUCAGAGAUUCAGAUACUGCAGCAACCCUCGCUAAAGUCGGCACAAACUGGCGAGCACGAGCAAUGAACGUAGGGACUUGGAGACAAGCCAAAGCUGACCAAAAUAGGGCUGGAGGUUCCAAUGACAGGACAACCAACGGAGACGGGACUGAUGCUGAAAAGAGUGCUCACCGCCACGAAUCCCCCGAGCCUUCGUUUUACUCUCCAACCAGUUCCCAUCGGUCCACAUACAGCUCGAGCUCGUCGAUAUCCCCCCUCUCCGACCACCAUAAUCAAGAAGAAUCCUUGGUCAGCAAGACCAGAUCGUUCCUAUCCCUUGCCAAAACCCCUUCAUCCGCCGGAUCGAAGACCGCGCCUCGUCCGCUGUUGUUAAGCUCGGCAUCUCCUAUUACGUCUCCCCCAAUGUACACCUCUACGACGCCUGCAACGCCGGAGAAUCCGCAGUGGGCUGAAGUAAUGAAAGCCAAGAAGCAAUUCCUGAACCGAGAGUCCAGGUCGUCUGUGUCCUCUCUCUCGCCAUCCGAAGCCUUCAAAUCGAGUCGCUCGGAUUGGGAAUCCGACGGGGGCAGUAGGAUUGUGCCCCUCAACCGUCGGUCAAUAUCACCUAUGGCGCCGUCGUACAGGAUCAAUCGUGGCUUGGCCAGUCCGUCUCCGUCCGUGGGCGAACCGUUCAGUCCUUCUGUCUCAUCCACAACCUCAACCGGAUCGCCAAGGCUUCCUGUCCUUUCCACUUCACCUGUCUCCGCCUAUUCACCCACAAUAUCGUCAAACACGCCUCCCAUAUCUAGGUCUGCGACACUUCCAGACACCUCAAGUGAAACUCAUGUGUUCGAGCUUGAGCGGAAUGACACGGUCAAGAGAACCCCUCGCGCGGAUGCGGCCAGGAGUCGCAUGUCGUCUCUCGAUGCAUCAGAUGCCCCAGCAACCGGAUUAUCUCGUCAUGCUCGAGUCCGCUCAAGGCGACAAACGCGACCAAGUCAUCUACAGCUGAAGGACACAAACGUUACCAAGCCUCGUUCCCCUGUCGAGAUCAAAACGCCGAAUUCGAGCAAUAAUCUGACGGUAGAGUGGCCUACAGAGGAUCCAGACAUGGCAGCGACACCAAGGGCGACUACCUUCGACGCCACGGACGAUGAUGAUGCAAGUCUCUCUCAAAGACCGAUAUCCCCUCGUUUCAGACGGAGAAAAGUGUCCACGGCUGAAGCACGAGAUCGUUCUAACGUUCGGAAGUUGUCCGGGGACGGACAGGAACCUCGGUUGCGGAAGACAUCGUCUGGUCGGUCGAGGAAGGUGUCCAACGAGGUCAAGGACAAGAAGCACUAUAGGAGGGAAAGCGAGGCAGACGAGGGCGACGACGAAGGUUACGAUGACUUGCUCAGUGCAUACGAAAGCGAAGAUCUCAGCCACACCAGUUACAAGCUCAUAUCUACUUCCCGCUAG